AUGGCUUCGGAAAUGGCGCUUCCGCGCCUUGACAAGAAUGCGCUUAUUGGCAUCUGGAUAGAGACAUGUCUAUGGGGAAUGAACGCUAUCAUCUUCAUAGGUGCAAUGUUCGUUCUCAUACGAAAGCACCAUUCUCCGAGAUUGUUAGCCAUCACAUCGACUGCCCUAUUCCUGUUUGCUACUGCACAUGUAUCUCUGUCUUUGAGAGAAUUGCUGGAGGCCUUCAUUGACGUCCCUCAACCUGCCGACCCCACAUACACGAUACUUUAUUGGUCUAACAAUGCACGUGGAAUUGCUGUCGCAAAAACUGUUCUAUACGAUACAAGUGUCUUCCUUCAGGAUAUGAUCUUGAUUUGGCGUCUGUACGUGGUCUGGGGUUACAACUGGAAAGUUGUAGUACUUCCGAUUAUUGUCGAACUUGCACAUAUGGGAACCGCAUACGCCGCCACCGGUUUGAUUGCUCAACCAGCAGUGGAUAUCAACUCUCCCAGAAUCAAACAUAUAGGGCCGGUUGGCUGGUCUCUAGAUCUUGUGGUGAAUGUCUGCGUAACAGCGGCCAUUGCUUUCCGGCUAUGGUUUAUGGGGCGACAAGUUGGCAGUCAUUCACAUACGAACAGGUAUCUGUCGACGAUCUUGACUAUCGUCGAGUCCGGUGCCAUGUUUGCAGCUGUAACUCUCGUUAUGCUCAUUUUAUACGUUCGUGGAAGUGUGCUCGCUUUGAAUGGCAUCGAUAUAUCUACUCAGUUGGCUGUUAUGACACCGCUUCUCAUCAUUGCGCGGGUUGGGCUUGGGAUGAUUCAUGGUGUCUCGAAGAAUCUCUCCUUUGCGUAUCCAUUAUCCCGCAUGUCAAAAUCGUCUGAAGGAGACGGAAGCUUCGAUAGACAUAAAAUUCGUUCCGGCAAGAUCCAUUCUGGCGGGGAAAUUUCUGAUACCCUCAUCCUUUCAACGGAGCAGGAAAUGGUGUUCGCUGAACACAGGCGCAGUGCUGACUCGGCAGCUCCGUACAAACUACCCAGCGACGUUUAAAUGAUGUAACAACGUAUACUUCGAACAAUGUUGUAUAGUAUUCACGGCUUUGUAUACUGGGUUGGCAUGAUAUAUAUGAUUAUUUUAGAGUUAUUAGAUAUUUAUAUUUGAAUUCGACAUCAGCAAAUCCGAUAGCUGCCGUGCUACGCUGGGUCGCUUAGCGUCUUUUACG